AUGUGGGGCCGGACCCCAGGGCUCCUGUGCCUACGCGGCUCGGGCCACGAGAGCCGUGAAGUGGCGGCCGAGUGCCCCGACCAGAGCCCUGAGCUGCAGCCCUGGAGCCCUGGCCACGACCCGGGCCACCGCGUGCACAUCGGCCGGGGCAGGACACUGCUGCUCACGUCUUCUGCCACGGUGAACUCCAUCCACAUCUCAGAGGGAGGAAAGCUGGUCAUUAAGGACCAAGACGAGGCGAUCGUCCUGCGUACCCGGCACAUCCUGGUUGACAACGGAGGGGAGCUGCACGCGGGGAGCGCCCUCUGCCCUUACCAGGGCAACUUCAGCAUCGUUCUGUACGGCAGGGCCGACGAAGGCAUUCAGCCGGACCCCUACUUUGGCCUCAAGUACAUCGGGAUCGGCAGAGGAGGCGUCCUUGAGCUACACGGACAGAAGAAGCUCUCCUGGACGUUUCUGAACAAGACCCUUCACCCAGGCGGCAUGCAGGAGGGGGGCUACUUUUUCGAAAGGAGCUGGGGUCACCGUGGAGUCAUCGUGCAUAUCAUCGACCCCAAAUCGGCGACUGUCAUCCACUCCGACCGGUUUGACACCUACAGAUCCAAGAAGGAGAGUGAACGCCUGGUCCAGUACUUGAACGCGGUGCCCGCGGGCAGGAUCCUUUCGGUGGCAGUGAACGACGAGGGGUCCCGGAACCUGGAUGAUGCGGCCAGGAAGGCCAUGACGAAGCUGGGCAGCAAACACUUCCUACACCUUGGAUUCAGACACCCUUGGAGUUUCCUAACUGUGAAAGGAAAUCCCUCUUCUUCCGUCGAAGACCACAUUGAAUAUCACGGGCACCGCGGCUCCGCUGCUGCCCGGGUGUUCAAAGUGUUCCAGACAGAGCACGGCGAGCAUUUCAACGUUUCUUCAUCCAGCGAGUGGGUUCAAGACGUGGAAUGGACGGGGUGGUUCGACCACGACAGAGUGCCGCAGACUAAAGGCGGGGAGAAAAUUUCAGACCUCCGGGCGGCUCACCCGGGAAAAAUCUGCAACCGCCCCAUCGAUAUACAGGCCACUACGCUGGACGGCGCUAACCUCACCGCCGAGGUUGUCCACAAAAAAGGCCAGGAUUACAGGUUUGCGUGCUACGACCGGGGCCGCCCCUGCCACGGCUACCGCGUGCGGUUCCUCUGCGGGAAGCCUGUGAGACCCAGACUCACCGUCACCAUCGACACCAACGUGAACAGCACCAUCCUGAACCUGGAGGACGAUGUGCGGUCGUGGAAGCCCGGAGACACGCUGGUCGUCGCCAGCACCGAUUACUCCAUGUACCAGGCAGAAGAGUUCCAGGUGCUCCCCUGCAGAGCCUGUGCCUCCAACCAGGUCAAGGUGGCAGGGGCCAAGACAGGAGGGGACACGUCGCCCAGCGUCCAGCUGCUCAUCAGGCACACACGAGCCAUUCCAGCUCUGUCAUCUCGGAGGCCCCUCCUGGGCCUGAACCCCGCUAACAUAUCAGUCUCGGAACCAAGAGAUCCUCAGGCUGGCAUGAUCAUUGACAACGGGGUCAAAACUACGGAGGCCUCUGCCAAGGACAAGCGGCCCUUCCUGUCCAUCAUCUCUGCCAGGUACAGCCCUCACCAGGAUGCCGACCCGCUGAAGCCCCGGGAGCCGGCCAUCAUCAAACACUUCACGGCCUACAAGAACCAGGACCACGGGGCCUGGCUGCGCGGCGGGGAUGUGUGGCUGGACAGCUGCCGGUUCGCUGAUAAUGGCAUCGGCCUGACCCUGGCCAGCGGCGGGACCUUCCCGUAUGAUGAUGGCUCCAAGCAGGAGAUCAAGAACAGCCUGUUCGUCGGCGAGAGUGGCAACGUGGGGACGGAGAUGAUGGACAACAGGAUCUGGGGCCCCGGUGGCCUGGACCACAGCGGGAGGACCCUCCCUAUAGGCCAGAAUUUUCCGAUCCGAGGAAUUCAGUUCUAUGACGGCCCCAUCAACAUCCAGAACUGCACCUUCCGCAAGUUUGUGGCCCUGGAGGGCCGGCACACCAGUGCCCUGGCCUUCCGGCUGAACAACGCCUGGCAGAGCUGCCCCCAUAACAACGUGACCAACAUUGCCUUUGAGGAUGUCCCGAUUACUUCCAGAGUGUUCUUCGGAGAGCCGGGGCCCUGGUUCAACCAGCUGGACAUGGAUGGGGAUAAGACGUCCGUGUUCCAUGAUGUCGACGGCUCUGUGUCCGAGUACCCAGGGUCCUACCUCACCAAGGACGACAACUGGCUGGUCCGGCACCCAGACUGCAUCAACGUCCCCGACUGGAGAGGGGCCAUCUGCAGCGGGCGCUACGCACAGAUGUACAUUCAGGCCUACAAGACCAGCAACCUACGGAUGAAGAUCAUCAAGAACGACUUCCCCAGCCGCCCCCUCCACCUGGAGGGGGCCCUGACCCGGAGCACGCAUUACCAGCAGUACCAGCCGGUGGUCGCCCUGCAGAAGGGCUACACCGUGCACUGGGACCAGCCGGCGCCCGCCGAGCUGGCCAUCUGGCUCAUCAACUUCAACAAGGGCGACUGGAUCCGAGUGGGGUUCUGCUACCCCCGCGGCACGUCCUUCUCCAUUCUCUCCGACGUGCACAACCGCCUGCUGAAGCAGACAUCCAAGACGGGCACCUUCGUGCGGACCCUCCAGAUGGACAAGGUGGAACAGAGCUUUACGGGCAGGGGCCACUACUACUGGGACGAGGACUCAGGGCUGUUGUUCCUGAAGCUGAGAGCCCAGAACGAGAGGGAGAGGUUUGCCUUCUGCUCCGUGAGAGGCUGCGAGCGAAUCAGGAUCAAGGCCCUGAUCCCCAAGAACGCGGGCGUCAGCGACUGCACGGCCACCGCCUACCCCAGGUUCGCCGAGAGAGCUGUGGUGGACGUGCCGAUGCCCAGGAAGCUCCGUGGUGCCCAGCUGAAGACAAAGGACCGCUUCCUGGAGGUGAAGAUGGAGAGUUCCAGGCAGCGUUUCUUUCACCUCCUGAGCGACGUGGCUUACAUUGAAGUGGACGGGACGAGGUACCCCAGCUCCGAGGACGGCAUCCAGAUGGUGGCGAUCGACGGCAGCCGCGGGCACGUGGUGAGCCACACGAGCUUCAGCAGCACCAUGCUGCAGGGCGUCCCGUGGCAGCUGUUCAGUCACGUGGCGGCCAUCCCCGACAACUCCAUUGUGCUCGUGGUGUCGAAGGGACGAUACACGUCCAAGGGCCUGUGGACCAGAGUGCUGGAAAAGCUCGGCGCAGAUAAGAGCCUCAGGUUGAAAGAGAAAAUGGCGUUCGUUGGCUUCAAAGGGAGCUUCCGGCCCACCUGGGUGACUCUGGACACCGAGGACCACGGUGCCAAAAUCUUCCAAGUGGUGCCCAUCCCCGUGGUGAGGAAGAAGAAACUGUGA